CUUGCUUCACGCCUCAUCUCGCCUCUUGGCUCCGCUUCGAUGAAAGACUUGGGACCCGCAGAGUCUCAAUGGCUAUUCACCGACGCAGACUUGGACCGUACACCAUCGCGACUUGAUGGGAUUACCUCGGAAGAUGAGCUCCGGCGGAGGAAGAAAGCGAUCGAGUAUGUACGGAGUAUAGGAUUGAGGGCGGGGUUAGGGGGUCGAGAAGCCAAUUCGCCCUCUGCAAGAGGCGUAAUGGCUCCUGCUGCGAUGCUAGUGCAUCGAUUUUACAUGAGAAGAUCACUCAAGGAUUUCCCAGAAGAGCUCGUGGCACCUGCCAUGCUUUUCCUCGCAUCGAAGAUUGCCGAGGAUUCUCUCAAGCUCAGGUACAUUGUCAAUGCGUGUCUGAGCAAGUGGGAACCAGGGGCGCUACCUUGGGAACCAGACCCCAACAACAAGGAUACCUACCCUCCACAAUCUCUGGAGUACAAGCGAUGGGAGAGAGAAAUCUUGAUCGUCGAGGAGCUGGCCCUUGAAGCGCUGUGCUUCGAUAUGGCUAUAAUCAACCACUGGACAAUAUUUCGACGCGCCAUACUCAAUCUCAAUGGCGAAGCUGUACCAAAAUGGAUGAAAGUAAAUGGACUGGAACUGGGCUGGGGGUUGUUCAACGUCAUUGCGCAAACGCCUCUGGUCGUCACGACCCAUCCUCACAUCCUGGCCUUUGGAGUUUUCGUGAUUCUUCUCGCUGCAAUGGACGACAUGUCUAUCUCUUCCGCUAUCAAGUCAAACUCCGAGGCGAGCUCGGCAUUCACUGUCGAUUUAAACGACGAGACCACUGUUGAGCAGAUCAAACACUUUUGUGCUCGCGUACGAGCAUACUCAAGCAUGGACUUGAUAGAUCAAGGCCUGGUAGAUCUGAUUCGAGACGAGUAGACGUCAAUCAUACAGAGUCCUGAAACCCAAACCCAUUCAAUGCGUCUGUUGUUGUAUCCAUAGUCUUUGCAUGCAUCAUUUGCUUCCGCC